CCUAGCAGCCUUUCAACUGCAAGGAUAUCCCCAGCCAACCCUCCCACCUCGACCUCUCAACGCGCUCGUCGACGACCACAGAUAUGUAAAUAUCCGCUUUCUGCUAGAAUUCCUUAGCGGAUCUACUUCACUCCUAGCCUCUUACCGGGUGGAUUCGGGGUGCACUACGUCUAAGCUCUGCUGCUUCAUUUGCUGCUACAUCUCGACAAUUGUUGUCUUAGCCGCCCUUUGCGUUUGCCGUUGCGCACCAUCCAUUACUUGAAGCUUUUUGGACAAGCUUCCGCGCAGUUGGGUAUCACUAACACAGUACGACCAGGUGUCAAUUUGCACUCUCGUGUGAUUCAACCACCCCAAAUUAUUUCUAUAUAGUUCCACUACGACCUCUAGCCGUCGACUACGUACACCAGUGCCCGUUCUAUUUCGUUUGAUGCCGUCGAGGUUUCAUCGCACGGCGGCUUCUGUUGUAAUACCAUGGUGGACACGAUGGCUAGGCCACCGGAAUCGUGGGCCCAGGGCCCUUAUGCUCCGCGACACGCUUCCUACUAUCCGCAGGAACAACCCCAGGAAGUGCGUCUGCCUCCACUUCCUAGCCUGGUGACCGGGCCACGCACCAACCAAGGCGCGCCCGCUAGGCAACAUCCGCCGACCCAUAGCUACAAUUCCUACGAAGACUCCUACGCAUCUUCUUCGCCUGUCUACCACAGCCCGCCGCAGUCAAUUCCAGGCCCUGAAUCGCACGCGGCGGCAUCCAGUCCUUACACCAGACAGCCGGUAGACGUAGGUAGUCGUCUUCGUCCUGCACAAUCGCCGAGUGUAGGUGAACGAGCCGGAGAGCCGCCGGAAUAUUCCCGAUUCCGCCAGCCGGGAGGCGAAUCAAACUUCAUGCCAGCUCCUAGACUGCCUUUGCAACCAAGGCAAAUUGGAGGAUCUCCUCAACAGCAGCACUAUGCGGACAUUCAACCAGUCAGACCUACCACUGAGUACGGGUAUCGAGAGACCCGCCCUCAACCGUCACCGCAAGCAAUAACGGCUCCUCGACUGGCAUGGCAACCUCAGCCCGAAACUCGUGCUCCCGAGCGAAUGAGGAUAUCGGAUUUAAUCGAUACUCCAAAGACAGGAGAGUCUGGCUCCUCGAAGGCUCCGGAACGUAGGAGGGCGCCUGUUGCGGCUUCAUCGACGUAUAAACUAAAAGUUCGCCAGCAGCCAGUCGCCGCGAGAUCGUGUGGUUUUGGUGAAAGGGACCGUAGGGUUAUUGACCCUCCGCCGAUAGUUCAAGUAUUUAUUGAAGACCCAAAGGCUUCACAAGAGGAGAUUCGUGCUCAACUAAAGUUCCGAUUCUCAGUCAUGCAUUGUACGAUCUGGAACGAGACGGGUGAUCAGGAUUGUUCGGGGAUGCCAGAUGACUUUCGUCAGCAGCGAAGGCUGAUGGGAACGAUAGUAUCAUCUCCCUUUGUCGGGUUUGACGAGAAGAAUGAGGAGGGAUGCUUUUUCUGUUUUCCCGAUUUAUCUUGCCGAACACCCGGCACUUUUCGAUUGAGGUUUAGUUUGGUGGUUUUAGACCCAAAUUCGGUCCCCGGAUCAAAAACCCCAGUAUGCGCCGUUGCUAUGAGUGAGGUAUUCACAGUAUACAACGCUAAGGACUUUCCGGGGAUGCGAGCGAGCACGGCACUGACCAAAAGACUAAAAGAGCAAGGAUGUCUUAUUUCUAUUAAGAAAGGGAAUGAGAGAAACCACACACGUGAUGAUAGCGAGGACGAUGAGGAAGACGAAGACGAGGGUGGGGGUUCAGCAUCGCGACGAGCGAAAAGACCUAGGAAAACAUGACAUUUCCUAGUUCGUCUCCGUUUUCAGUCACAAAUUCAGAAAAUACGAUGACCUACAUUAUGACGACGUCUUAUGCUUACGAAAGAUGUAAUAACGGGGCAGUUCCUUAACGGCGUAAUGCUACCUGAAGGCUUGGACAUAUCGGCAUACACGGAAAACCGCGAAAAGGGAUAUACAGCGACUCAUUAGAGACGGACGAAAUGGAUACACAUAGAUAUGGUAUUCACCUUCUUCUGGCGAAGCAACAUCGGUGUUGGUACGGGAACGGGAAUGGCUAGAGGGAACGAUGGGUUGUGGGAAUCAUCGACUUCGGAUUGCUUGGACGAGGUCCUAGAAUUGCUUAUGGGA